AUGGGGCUACCGAGGACGUACACUUGGAGGUGUAUUGAGUACAUUGUGUGUGAGAGGGAGAAGAAGAAUGUGACUAUGCCAGCCUCUCCAGAGACGAGCUAUGCCCUCCGUGCCGACGAGAUAGCCACGGGCCGUUCAACCGAAGAUGACUCUACCGAGUCGGAGGACCGUCUGCAAGCCUGGCGCACUCAUGCCGGUCUCUACGAUGGCUCUGGGUAUGGCGGAGAGACCGAGUCGACCAUCUCGCACCCGUCCACGUGCACCCGAGAGACGUUGGAGACGGUCCCGACAUCUGAAGGCACUGCUUUGAUGGCCGAUGCAAAAGGCAAAGACGGCCUCAUGUUUGCUGGCGUCCAGAAGGACAAUACUGUGCCUCCACAUGGGUCGAGCGAUGAUGAGACAUUGGAGGAAGUGAUUCGUGCGUAUGCAGUGUAUGAGAAGGAGGAGGAAGAGACGAAUGGAUCCGAGUGGGAUAUUGCAGAGGAUCUGGAACUGGCGAACAAGAUUGGCGGCUAA